AUGCCCAUCGCUACUUCACCCGCCGUACCUCUCACCCACUUUGAAUCUCACUAUGACCCCAAGGCGGUCAUCUCCCACCCCGAGUUUCGUUUGCUCGACGCGUCGGAUCCCAAGAUCAAGGACAAAGAGGCCAACUUGGCCUGUGCUUAUAACCCCAAGCAUGAGGUUAACAUGAUUGUCAAGCCCAUGCCGGUGGUGGGUGAGGGCGAGGUGCUGGUGCACGUCAGAUCGACGGGGAUAUGCGGGUCCGACGUACACUUCUGGAAGCACGGCCAUAUUGGUCCCACCAUGAUCGUCACAGACGAGUGUGGAGCGGGACACGAGUCUGCGGGAGAGGUCGUUGCGCUCGGUGCAGGCGUAACCAAAUGGGCUGUUGGGGACCGAGUCGCUAUCGAGGCUGGAGUACCAUGUUCCCGAGCGGACUGUGGACCAUGUAGGACUGGACGAUACAAUGCCUGCCCGAACGUCGUCUUCUUCUCCACUCCGCCCUACCACGGGACUCUGACUCGCUUCCACGCCCAUCCGGCUCAAUGGCUCCACCGCUUACCCGACAACGUCUCGUAUGAAGAGGGAUCACUGUGCGAACCAUUGGCGGUGGCUCUCGCCGGACUGGAACGGGCAGACAUCAGGCUUGGUGAUCCCAUCGUCAUCUGUGGUGCUGGUCCCAUCGGUCUCGUUACUCUCCUAGCCGCACAUGCAGCUGGUUGCUAUCCCAUCAUCAUUACCGACCUUAUCGCGUCUCGCCUCUCCUUCGCUCAGACGCUCGUUCCCACCGUCAAAACCGUUCAGAUCCAAAGAGGAUGGAACGAGCUGGAGACCAGCGCGGCGAUUACAGCGCAGGGACUGGCGGCGGGUCUGGAAGAGUCUAGCGGAAAGGUCAGGGUGGCGAUGGACUGUACAGGUUUCGAGUCGAGCAUCAGGGCUGCAAUCUACUCUGUUGUGUUCGGCGGAAAGGUCUUCGUCAUUGGUGUCGGGCCAUCCGAGCAGAAGUUCCCCUUUGGAUACCUCUCGGCCAACGAGAUUGAUCUCCAGUUUCAAUACCGCUAUGCCAACCAAUACCCCAAAGCCCUUCGGCUCGUUUCUGGCGGCCUCAUCAACCUCAAACCCCUGGUUACACACCGUUUCCCACUCGAGCAAGCGGUCGAUGCGUUCCACAUUGCCGCAGACCCGACCAAGGGUGCUAUCAAGGUUCAGAUUCAGGACUAG